UUCGCUCUUUAUACCUUCGACAAUCCAGAAAUCAGAACACCCUAACUCCCCUGCAAUGGAACCGGAACAGCAACCAUCACAAGAAAUCAGCAAAAAAGCGGCAAAAAAGGAGGCUGCCAAGGCAGAAAAGCUCCGUCGCUGCCGCCGCCGCAUCUGGCGUUGCUGGCGUGUCCAUCGACUCUCCUGACCCUCUCGCCGCGAACUAUGGGGCAUUCCUAUGGAAGAUCUUCAGUCGAAGGCUAUUUCCGGACGUAUGUGGACCACCGUUAGCGCUCUUACCGAAGAACUCAAAGACCACACCGUGCUAAUAAGGGGGCGGGUUCAGACGAUUCGCGCUUUAGGGAAGAACAUGACGUUUUUUACUGUAAGAGAGAAAGGAUAUGCAGUGCAAUGUGUGUUGGUGGCUCCUGGCAUCGUUAGCUCUCAGAUGGUUAAGUAUGCAAUGACGAUUACCAAAGAAUCGUUUGUUGACAUUGAAGGAGUGGUAAAAGUUCCUCCACAAGCCAUCAAAGAAACCUCUCAGCAGGUUGAAGUUCAAGUUAGGAAGAUUUAUUGUGUAAACAGAGCUGCUGCUAUUCUUCCUAUAAAUGUUGAAGAUGCUUCCCGAAGUGAAGCUCAAAUAGAGAAGUCUUUGGAGACUGGAGAAAAAUUUGUUCGUGUUAAUCAGGAUACCCGUUUGAACUACAGAAUUUUGGACUUGCGAACUCCAGCAAAUCAAGCAAUUUAUCGCCUUGAGUGUCAAGUGUCAAAUUUGUUUAGGCAGUAUCUGCUAGAUGAAGAUUUUAUAGAGAUCUACACUCCAAAGUUAACUGCAGGCACUAGUGAAGGUGGUGCAGCUGUUUUUAAAUUGGAUUACAAGAAACAGCCAGCGUGUCUUGCACAGUCACCCCAACUUCAUAAACAGAUGGCGAUUUGUGGUGAUUUUGGUCGUGUUUUUAUUGUGGGUCCCGUUUUUAGAGCUGAAGACUCUUAUACCCAUAGACAUUUGUGUGAAUUCACAGGUCUUGAUAUUGAAAUGGAGAUUAAAGAACAUUAUUCUGAGGUGAUGGAUGUUGUUGACCGACUUUUUGUUAACAUGUUUGACGAAUUGAAUGAAAGAUGCAAGAAAGAGCUGGAAGCUAUUGGGAAGCAAUACCCCUUCACUCCUUUGAAAUACUUGCGUGAAACCUUGCGGCUUACAUUCGAAGAAGGGAUUCAAAUGCUGAAGGAUGCUGGAAUUGAGGUGGAUCCACUUGGGGAUCUUAACACAGAAUCAGAAAGAAUAUUAGGAAAACUUGUUUUGGAAAAGUAUGGAACUGAAUUUUAUAUACUACACCGUUACCCUCUGGCAGUUCGACCUUUUUAUACAAUGCCUUGUCCUGACAACGCGUUGUAUAGCAACUCAUUUGAUGUUUUCAUUAGAGGGGAGGAAAUAAUUUCUGGAGCUCAACGUGUGCACAUCCCUGAGCUUCUAGAGGCACGUGCAACAGCAUGUGGCAUAGAUGUCAAAACCAUAUCAUCGUACAUCGAUUCUUUUAGGUAUGGUGCACCACCACAUGGUGGGAUUGGAACGGGUUGUGAUGCUCUUUUGUGGCCUUGACAACAUACGCAAAGUGUCACUUUUUCCACGUGACCCUCGAAGGCUAGAACCGUAAUUUUGGGUUCUUUUGGGACAUGGGUUUUUGCCAUUUUUGGUAUGUGAAACAAUAGAAGUUGAUUGAGUUUGUAAUGGUGGAGUUGGAACCUGCUGUUUUUGGUUGUGAAUAAAUUGGAACUCUAAUUGGAAUCUCACGGAAAAACUUAGUAUGUACGUAGCUUAACGUGCUAAAAAGUAGUAGUUUUAUGAGUCGGGUAUGCUAACAAAAGCAUCAAAUGCUAUAAUGUCUUCUAAGCUUCUCAAAAAUAGAUAUUAAAAGGCU